CCUAAUGUCCGAUCUUCCGUUGUCCACCCUUUUCGCCCAUUUGCAGUAUCAGCAACUCCAAGCAGAUCUCUCAGCAGCUCAAACUCCAUAGCUAAUCAUGGGUAAGGUUCACGGUUCAUUAGCUCGUGCCGGUAAGGUGAGAGGUCAAACUCCCAAGGUUGCAAAGCAGGAUAAGAAGAAGAAGCCCCGCGGCCGUGCCCACAAACGUAUGCAAUACAACCGCCGCUUCGUCACUGCCGUUGUUGGCUUUGGAAAGAAGAGGGGGCCAAACUCAUCGGAGAAGUAAACAUGAGGACCAAGGCAUGGUAGUUUUAGUAGCUGUAAUUCUGUUUUGAGCUUGAUGCAUUGUGUGGUUGAUCAUGUUAGUCCACUUACUGUCAAUUUUUGUUAAUUUAUGGUUAUCCUCUUCAUUGUAGCCGGAGGAUUGUUUGAAUCCUUGAAAUGAGAUUGAAGGAAGGUUAAUUUGGCCAUUUUCUCCCUGAUUGUUUAUC